UCGCCACCUGAUGGCAGUCGCUAAUGAGUCGCGCGCGCAACCAAACCGCCGGCGAACCGCAGCGGAGGAGCAUCAUCGCCGCUUGAAUGGAAAAACGCUGACUAAAGCUAGUUCCCAAAUCGUAGAUCUCAGGAAAGGAGAUUGAGUGACCUUUGACCCCACGGACAGCUGAUCAAAAUGGCUUCGGCAAUGACCGAUCGAGAGCGCGAGGCGAUCGUCGCCAAUUUGACCAAGGAUGUGCAGUCGCUGAGGGAAAUGGUGCGCAGUCGGGAAAGCGAGCUGGUCAAGCUGCACCGGGAAAUCCACAAGCUGAAGAGUGUGCUGCAGCAGACCACCAACCACCUGAAUGUCACCCGGAGCGAGAAGACCAAGUCCAAGCUCUACCCUUUGCCGGAGCAAUGUGGCGAGCAGGAAGGCAGGGAUCGGGAUCGGGAACGUGAGCGGGAUCCCCAUGUGUGCAGCUCCUGCGGAAUGGUGCUGCCCUCCAGUCCGGAGUUCGCCCUGGAGGCCUUGUCCCUGGGCCCACUGCCCCACUCGGCGGGAUUCGCUUCCACAUCGUCGGCUGCCACAUCUUCCACAUCAUCCACAUCAUCUGCCUCCGCGGGGGAACGAGAUCGGGAACGGGAACCGCCACCCAAGGCAAUGCCUGCGGCCAUCAAGAAACAAGGUGUCUCCGCCGAGAGCUGCGUGAAGUCCAUGGAGCACUCCUACAGCAUACCCAUUCCCAAAUACGACAAGGAUUUCAGUGACAAGCAGCAGAUCAAAGACGCCAUCAUGGAUAACGACUUUCUGAAGAACAUAGACGCCUCGCAGGUGCGCGAACUGGUGGACUCGAUGUACUCGAAGAGCAUUGCGGCCGGGGAGUUCGUGAUCCGCGAGGGCGAGGUGGGAGCCCAUCUGUACGUCUCGGCGGCCGGCGAGUUUGCGGUGAUGCAGCAGGGCAAGGUGCUGGACAAGAUGGGCCCGGGCAAGGCGUUCGGGGAGCUGGCCAUCCUGUACAACUGCACCAGGACGGCCUCCAUUCGGGUGCUGAGUGAGGCGGCGCGCGUUUGGGUGCUCGACCGCAGGGUCUUCCAGCAGAUCAUGAUGUGCACGGGUCUGCAGCGCAUCGAGAACAGCGUGAACUUCCUGCGGUCGGUGCCGCUGCUGAAGAACCUCAGCGACGAGCUGCUGGCCAAGAUCGCCGACGUCCUGGAGCUGGAGUUCUAUGCCGCCGGCACCUACAUCAUUCGCCAGGGCACCGCCGGCGACAGCUUCUUCCUGAUCUCGCAGGGCAAUGUGCGUGUGACCCAGAAGCUGACGCCCUCGUCGGUGGAGGAAACGGAGCUGCGCACUCUGGCCCGCGGGGAUUACUUCGGCGAGCAGGCGCUGAUCAACGAGGACAAGCGAACGGCCAACAUAAUAGCCCUGUCGCCGGGCGUGGAGUGUCUGACCCUGGACAGGGACUCCUUUAAGCGGCUGAUCGGGGAUCUGUGUGAGCUGAAGGAGAAGGACUACGGCGACGAGAGCAGAAUGCUGGCCAUGAAGGCGGCCAGGGAGAAUGAUAGCGGGGACGAGCCGAAGGAGCAGCUGCAGCAGGAGUUUCCCGACCUCAAACUCACGGACCUCGAGGUGGUCAGCACCUUGGGCAUUGGUGGCUUUGGUCGCGUGGAGCUGGUCAAGGCCUAUCAUCAGGACCGUGUGGAUACGUUUGCCCUGAAAUGUCUGAAAAAAAGACACAUUGUGGACACCAAGCAGGAGGAGCACAUCUACAGCGAGCGCCACAUAAUGCUCAGUUCGAGGUCGCCCUUUGUGUGCCGCUUGUAUCGCACCUUCCGGGACGAGAAGUACGUCUACAUGCUGCUGGAGGCCUGCAUGGGCGGCGAGAUCUGGACCAUGCUCAGGGAUCGCGGCUCCUUCGAGGACAAUGCGGCCCAGUUCAUCAUUGGCUGUGUGCUGCAGGCCUUCGAGUACCUGCAUGCCCGCGGCAUCAUCUAUCGCGAUCUGAAGCCCGAGAACCUGAUGCUCGAUGAGCGCGGCUACGUGAAGAUCGUGGACUUUGGCUUUGCCAAGCAGAUUGGCACGAGUGCCAAGACCUGGACCUUUUGCGGCACCCCCGAGUAUGUGGCACCCGAAAUCAUACUCAACAAGGGUCACGACCGAGCCGUCGACUACUGGGCCCUGGGCAUCCUCAUCCACGAGCUGCUCAAUGGCACACCGCCGUUCAGUGCCCCGGAUCCCAUGCAGACGUACAACCUCAUUCUGAAGGGCAUCGACAUGAUCGCCUUCCCCAAGCACAUUUCCCGCUGGGCAGUUCAGCUCAUCAAGCGCCUGUGCCGCGACGUUCCCCCGGAGCGACUUGGCUACCAGACGGGGGGCAUCCAGGACAUCAAGAAGCACAAGUGGUUCCUGGGAUUCGACUGGGAUGGCUUGUCCAGCCAGCUGCUGAUCCCGCCCUUUGUGCGCCCUAUUGCCCACCCGACGGACGUGCGCUACUUCGACCGCUUCCCCUGCGACCUAAACGAGCCGCCGGACGAGCUCUCAGGCUGGGAUGCGGACUUCUAG